AUGUCUCUACCUUUGACCUACAAUGGUGAUGAUACCAAAAAUGAGGAAUCUGCCAUUAUCUACAAUUUCGACUGGUCAAUGACUUCCCUUGGCCCUAUAGACUCAUGGGAGCCCAUGAUAAAAAACGCUUUGAAUUUGUGCCUCCAAUCUACAUUUCCCAUCUGUCUUUAUCUCGGCCCUGAUUAUAUCACAAUAUAUAAUAAAGCUUUUCAACGACAAAUAUUGUUGAAAGACAAAUACGACAUAGGAAAAUCAGCUAAAGAAGACUUAACUGAUUAUUUUAUUUCACAACUUGAAACUGUGAAGACAAAAGGAGAAGGCUUCUUUGUAAAAGAACACUACAUUGAAAGAACACGCAAUGGAUAUAAAGAAGAAGCGUACUUUAACUAUACAUUUAGUCCUAUUUUUAAAUCAGAUGGCUCAGUCUACUGUAUAUUUAAUCUGGUACAAGAUGUCACUCAAAAGGUUUUGAGUACUCGAAGAUUUAAAACAAUUAGCGAGUUUGGAUGUUGGACUUCUGGUUAG